GUUCUUUCCGAACCUUGUUCUACAUAAAUUGUUACUAAAAUGUCGGAUAAAGAAAGUCCAAUAAAAUAUUUCUUGAGCGGAGGAUUCGGUGGAAUUUGUACCGUAAUCGCAGGACAUCCUUUAGACACGAUAAAACUGUACCUAAUCCAAGUAAGAUUAUUAAAUCCUACUUAGGAUUGAGCUCCUUUUCCUUGAAGAGGACUGGCUCUCAUAAUGGAAAUGUUAGGUACGUCUUCAAACUAUGCCUUUGCCAGGUCCAAAUGAAGCAGCUUUAUAUAGUGGAACACUGGACUGUGCUAAGAAAACAAUAGCAAGUGAAGGAUUACGUGGUUUAUAUAAAGGUAUGGCUGUACCACUGUGUGGCGUGGCUCCAAUAUUUGCUAUAAGUUUUUAUGGAUAUGGGCUGGGCAAACAACUGAUAAGGAAGACUGACGACGAACAAUUGACACCUUUACAAUUAUUUUAUGCUGGUGCAUUCAGUGGCAUCUUUACAACCUUUAUAAUGGCUCCUGGUGAAAGAAUAAAAUGUCUUCUUCAGAUACAACAAGGUGACGCAAAACCAAAGUACAAAGGGCCCACUGAUUGCAUAAAACAACUUUAUAAAGAGGGAGGAUUAAGAAGUAUUUAUAAAGGUACCUGUGCUACCCUUUUAAGAGAUAUUCCUGCCAGUGGAAUGUAUUUUAUGACAUAUGAAUGUUUGAAAAAGUGGAUGACUUCAGAUGGAGAAACACUCGGUAUAGUUCCUACAAUUUUAGCUGGUGGUUUAGCUGGUAUUGCAAAUUGGGUUGUUGGAAUGCCACCCGAUGUGCUAAAGAGCCGUUUACAAAGUGCUCCAGACGGUACUUACAAACGUGGAAUUCGAGACGUGUUCAUAGCUUUAAUGAAAGAAGAGGGACCAAAAGCUUUAUACAAAGGAUGUACACCUGUGAUGCUUCGUGCAUUCCCAGCAAAUGCAGCAUGUUUCCUCGGAUUCGAAAUUGCUAUGAAUUUUUUGAAUUUGGUGGCACCUAAUUUGUAAUAGAAAUUUUUGUGUAUAAUAAUUUUUUUAAACAGAAACACUAUUAGUAUAUAUCGACGUUAUUUUAAAUUUCAUAUUGACAGUAUAUUUGUAAAGUAUUUUACAUUGUUUAAUCAAAGAUACUAUAAACAGUAAUAU